UGCCGCUGCCUGGAGAGGAAGGGGCCACUCGGAUCCGCCCGGCAACGAGAGCGGGGCUGGAGGUGGGUCCCGGUCCGGAGCUGCAGGAGAAGGGGGUGGAAAGGCGAGGCCCAGGAGUCAGGUGUGAGCUAAGCCCAACUGCACAAGAGGGGAGAAGACCACAAGACCGCAGCCUCUCCUAGCCUUGAUGGAUGGCGCCAAAUGAGGAAAACAUAGCGGGGAAUACACAUCUGCCUAGCAGGACUUUUCUGGAUCCUCUGGAGAACUGUCAUUGCUGGACUUGAUUGGGAACUGCCUGGGCCCUCUUCCCCAUUUUGGCAAGAAGGAAGCCCUACCUUAUUCCCAAAGUGUUCAGAUCUCAGCUUUGGAGAUAACUUAGUUGUGUUUUGCUGCCCGGGCGACACCUUCAGAGAUGUACCAAAGUCUAGCCAUGGCAGCCAACCAUGGCCCACCAGCAUAUGAGGGGACCGGCAGUUUUAUGCACAGCACAGCUGCUGCGUCUCCAGUCUACAUCCCUACCACAAGAGUCACCACCAUGAUCCCAAGUCUGCCUUACCUCCAGGGGAGUGGGUCAUCCCAGCAAGGCAGCCCUGUCUCCAGCCACUCCAUCUGGACUCAGCCUGGGGCCGAGAGUGUGGCCUACAACCCGGGAUCUUCUCAUCCAUCUGUGUCCCCGAGGUUCUCCUUCACGACCAGCAGCCCCAUCCCAGCCACAACCUCCAGGGAGGCAGCGGCCUAUAGUAGUUCACUCAGUAUCUCGGCCAACAACAGGGAACAGUAUGCCAGGAGUUUCGCUGGGUCCUAUUCCAGCCCUUAUCCUGCAAGUUAUAUGAGCCCAGAGUUGGGCACAACCUGGACUUCUUCCCCCUUUGACAACCCCAUGCUGCACAACUUCCAGAACCGGAGCACACCAGGAGCUUCAAGACACAGUAACUUAGAGUUUUUUGAGGAUUAUUCUGAAGGUCGUGAAUGCGUGAACUGUGGGGCCAUGUCAACCCCUCUGUGGCGGAGAGAUGGCACCGGCCACUACCUGUGCAACGCCUGUGGGCUAUACCACAAGAUGAAUGGCAUAAACCGACCGCUAAUCAAGCCCCAGAGGAGGCUGUCAGCCUCCCGUAGGGUUGGGCUCUCAUGUGCCAACUGCCAUACGAGUACAACCACCCUGUGGCGCCGGAAUGCUGAAGGCGAGCCAGUCUGUAAUGCCUGCGGCUUGUACAUGAAGCUCCAUGGGGUCCCAAGGCCCUUAGCGAUGAGAAAAGAGGGGAUCCAAACCAGGAAGCGUAAGCCGAAGAACUUAAACAAAUCCAAGACAUCAGCAGGGUCAGCCAAUAACGAAAGCCUUACCUCAACCAUUAGUUCUGCCACCUGCACCAACACCACAACCACCACAGCUGCCGAAGAAAUGCGCCCCAUCAAGACAGAACCGGGGAUUUCAUCUCAUUAUGGGCACCCGAGCCCACUUUCCCAGCCAUUCUCAGUCACCACGAUGCCUGGGCAUGGAUCUGCUCUGCACACUGCCAUCUCGGCCCUAAAACUUUCUCCGCAAGGUUACCAGCCAGGCAUCAGCCAGUCUCCCCAGUCUAGCUCCAAGCAAGAUUCCUGGAACACCUUGGUUUUGGGGGAAAGCCAUGGAGACAUCCUAACAGCAUAACCAUCUUCUGCUUUCUAUGGACUUGGGGCUUAUUGGCUCAGGACACAAAGACAACAUUCAAUAAUCAUGCUACAGUGGGGUGCUUUCUUACCUCACCCCUUUGAGGGAUAUAGAUUCUGAUGCUAGUAGAACCAUUCCAAAUUAAGCUUUAAAAAGUGACGGACUACCUUUGAAUCAACCUCCAUGAAGAUUCAGCCAAAACUGAUCUAAACUUUCAUGCCCUUGAAUCACAACCGCUGCAUACGAAACUGUCAGAAACUCCAACUUAACUUUUAAAAAAAUCUUUCUCUGAUAUCUUGGUCAGUGACGUCGUGGCACCCUUGUUGACUGUUCCCAGUUCACUUCCUGAGCAGGUCAAACCAGGAGGGGGACGUUCGCCUUGCUGUGUUAAAAAGGGCUUCAGAUCCCAAAUCUUCUUUAGAAACGAGUCUGGGAAAGACGGGCAAGAAACAAUGGUUGGGUUCUGGCUAAAAAGAUAGCUCGGAUCAUGGCUGGUGUAUCCCAAUGACACACAAGGAUCUAGUUAAAGAGAUGAUCUGAUGACUGCCCACAGCACCCCACUGUUACGGUCCUUGCUUUUCUGUUGCUUGGAUUAUUUUUUCCCUCCUGUUGCUAUUGUUCAACCUAAUUUUCUUCCUUUCAAAGAAGCAAAUCCCCCCCCCCCAAGAAAGUCUUAGAUGAAAGCCUUAUUCUUUCAUCUGUUCUUCCUCGUGGGGAGAACAGAGGGGAUGGAGUCUAAGUAGAAGGAGGACCUUGAAUCAUUAGCAUCAGCAUCAUGGAGCACAGCAGGGUUUCUUUGCAGAAUCAGGCAAGCAAAGGGAUGCAGGGUCUGACCCAAAGGUCAGCACUCCCUCCAGUCUCUACCAGACUGCCAAUGCAAAAGUUGAACUAGCCCUGAAAUACCCAACCAACUGGUUUGCCAAUUGUGUUUACCGACUCUGGCGCCUGUGCCUUUAACAGCCACAUGGUCUGAAUACAUCAGCCAACAAUCAUACUGAUCACCACGCCAUGCCAAUUUGAUUUCUCCAUUGUUAAAUGAACAAGAGCAGGACAGUUCUGUUUGCAGCUCAGCUCACUGACUAUCUUUCCAGGGAACACCCUUGGCUGGAAGCAAAAACCAGGAAGAUUAUUGAGCCACAUUUGGUGGGGUGGCUUGCUGGUUGUGCAGAUCUGGGUUAAACUGUGAUGUUAAUAACAACAUCAAAAUUCAGCCCUUCUUCUUAGUAUAUUGUAGUUUAUAAAAAUCCCUUGAGGUUUAUGUUUUUAAUGAAUAAAGUCUUAUCCAUCUAAGAUUGAAGAAAAGUAAGGGGCAUUAUAUAAAGUUUUAAUUCUCAAAGUGUUUCAUGUAUUUUACAUUUUGCCUGGCCCUCUGUCUUGAACAACAAUUGCUUUUGACUCCCUUUGGCAUAGUUUGGAAUUUGAACUUAAAAGUUAUUAUCACUGAGCCACUAAGAAUUCUCAGCUAAAAUUGCUCUCUCAUUCAAACAGCUUGCGGGCAACAAUACAAUAUUACAAUAAAGUAGAGGAGAGGAAAAUGAUGUAAGCCACCUUGGGAUUCCCUUUGGGGGAAAAGGUGGGGUAGAAAUGAAGUUUAAAAAAUAGAUGGCAGCUAGGUAGCUUUUUGCUGGGGGACAAGUGGAGUCACAAGUUAGACUAUGCUGAUCAAGUUAGUCCCAAAUAUGGUCUCUUUUUGCCUGUCAAUGAACACUAAUAUUAAAGCCAUGCUCAGCCUUAAAAAGCACCAAGGUUUGAUUGCUUUUCAUUUUUUUGUCAAUCUAGAUGCUUCUCAAUCUAAGGGUAUUUCUUUUUAUAUGUACUUAGCUCUCUAAAAUCUGUAUUCCCCCCCCCCUUUUUUUUCUAUGCACAGUACAUCCCACUUUGUGUAUGUAGCAUGUUAUCGUGUGUUAUCUGACAGAAAAGAUUCAUGUUUAAAUAUGUGCACAUUGUGGGGUUUGUGCAAUUUUGGGAUUGCCAACUAUUUUUAUUGGUCCUGCUGCUGCAUCAUUGGCAGUAGCUUUUUACCCAGAAUUGGUGAAGUUUUUUCAUCACUUCAUUAUCUUUUUUUCUUCAUGUCAGAUAAAAAGCUUGACACGCUAAUUUUCUGCAUUUCUGAAACUGUUAUUCCUGAGGCCAGGGGGGCAGGGCCAAUAAAACAAAAGAAAAGAUGGCAACUGUAUUUCAGUGUGCUCCAAAGUGUCCCUUUUCAGCCUACUUCUCACUGAGAAACAUAGAAAACGAACAUAAGAGAAGGCUAAGCUGGAAUCCUUCCCCCUGAAAAGCUAGUUUUCUAUUUAGAGGGGAGUGCAGGGUAGCAUAUUCUGUCAGGUAACCCUUUACCUGCAGUCUGAAGAGAUAAGACCCAGUCACAAGCUUACCACCUCAGUGAGAACUAAGCCUUUCCAAGCCCUCUAUAAGGACUUACGUUCGUUUAGGUGGCUUUAAAAUAGGAUUAGACCAGUGGUACUCACUCCGCAGCUCACAGAGAGCCACAUUCACAAUGAUCAUCAACCAAAAGAGCCACAAGAUUACUGUGUCCCCUUCUUGCUACGCCACCUCACCAAAUACAGAGAAUAAUAUAAGAUGCAACAAUUAAUAUUAAAUAUAUACAUUAUAAUGCUAACCUUUUAAAUUAACAGAGGACCUCUGAGUGUGUAGGGUUGUGUCUUUCCACCACUGGUGAACCUGUGCCCCCUUUACGUCCCUUUCUGCCUUCUUACUCUCUCCGCAGCAUGAGGUGUAGCAGCUCAGAUCAGAGAAUGAGAUUGCUAAGUAAAACCAUUAUCACCCCACUGUGGCCAGCUUGCUCUUUUCCUGGUAGCUGCCCAGGUGCUGUAAGGAGAGUACAGAGGCUGCAGAGAAGUGGGGGGGAGGGAGGAAGGAGUUGGAGAGGACAGGCCCUUUACCAACCCUGGCACAAGGACCUGCACCUCAGGGAGGCCCACCAUUUACCCAUCCUUUGGUUUCUCCUGAGGUGGCUGUUUCAAUUUGGGAACAACCUGACAACCCAACCCUCACUGUGCAACAGCUUUGUCCAGUUUCCUGAAACAAUUUCCUGGUAUCAUACUGGGGAGCGGUGCUCAGAAGAGCCAUCGCUGGCAUGCCAAAGAGCUGCAUGCAGCUCCAAAGCCACUGAGUGUGUAUCACCGGAUUAGCCACAUUUAUCGAGGACAGGCCCACCCAUGACUAUUAGCCAUAACAGCUAAAAGGAACUUCCAUGUUCAGUAGCAGUGAACCUCUGAAUACCAGCUGCUAGAGUGGGUAACUGCAGGGGGUGACAUUGGCCUUUAUGCCUUUGGAUUCCUGGAUGCUAGACUAGAGGGACCCUUGGUCCAAUCUGACCCUGUGGUAAAUCUACAGUUGGCAGCCCUUGGCUCACAGCCAAUGGCAACGGUCAGUAAGGUAGCAGGUAGGGAAGUUGCCAGAACCUCCGUCAAAUCAAGGGACUAACUCCCAGCGCCACUAUAUUUAGGCCAGUAAAAGUUUGAUGAACUUUCGUGACAUGCAUACCACCUCUCCUCCAACAAAACUCAUUGAUUUUUAACCGGAUAAGUUCACAUGUACUACAUUUGUAACUCCCGAGCAUAAUGCUGUUCAAAUAGAUGUUUAUUUGUAUGGGGGGAGGUGGGGGGGGGAGUGAAGGACCUGACCAAUUUUCUUAACUAUUUAAAGUUGUAAUUUAUAUUAUGAAACAAUAUGCUUACCGACCUGCAUAUCAACUUCACCCAGUAGAAUGAAUGGAAAUAAAAUAAUAGACGUUCAUUUCCAAAUAAAGAAACUGAUCUUUUUC